AUGUCUCUUGUCAAAGCUGAAUCAACUGAAUUACCGGCAAAUAAUCCAGAGGAUUUGGAGGAUACGGUGCAAUUUUCCAAUUUGUGUCGAAUCUGUUUAUUACCUGCAGAAAAUAGUUUCAUAAAUAUGACGGAGGCUUUUUUCAAUAAGAUCUCUUAUUUAACAAUUUACCACGAAACUAUUGGCAAAAAUAUUAGUUCUUUCGAGAAAUUCUCACCUCAAAUUUGUUCUUUGUGUGAAAUGGAGAUGCUUGAGGCGUAUAAAUUCCGCAAAAAAUGUCUUGAAGCAGACAAGAAAAUCAGUAAAUUGUUUGAGCCAGAACCAAUGGAAGAAAGCACGGAAGUUACAACUGAGAUACAGUAUCUGAUUGAGGAGACAGAGCCCCAAACACAGAGUCCUGAAAAUAAUUUGAAUGAAGUAAAUCCUCUGGACAAUGACUCCAAUCCACCGAGUCCACCUGAGAGAGAUGCCCAAAGCCCUGAGAAUGGUGAAAAUAUAAAAACAGAAGAAGUUUUCAAGGAACGUCGCAAAAAAUUCCGCUGCAAAGUAUGUCGUGUGAUUUUUGAAAACCUAGAACACUUCAAAUAUCACAAAUGUAUGUGCUGCGACGUUAAAAUAAUCAAGGAAAUCAAGGCGAUUUAUCGUAAUGCAAAACAAAAGAAUAAGGAGAAGAUAGAGAAAGUGGAGAAAAAAACAGAGAAAGUAAAGGAAGUAGAGGAAAAGGUUCCGGAGAUUGAAGAGAUUAAGGAAGACCAGGAAGAUGAUAUUCCCGAGGAUAUUCCUAUGCCUCCGAAGAGAAAAAGAUAUCAGGAGAAAAAGGAAGAGUAUAUUUGCGAAAAAUGCAAAAAAGUCUUUAAAAGUCGACGAGGAUUUCUCUUGCACAUGGACCUUCACAAUAAUACAGCAAGAUACGAUUGUGAUCAGUGUGGGAAGAAAUUCCAACAUUGGCAAUCUCGCCGUACGCAUAUCUACAGAGUUCACCUGAAGAAGCCCUUCUGCUCAUGUCCGCACUGUGGAAAGGGAUUCUACCAAAUUAAACCCAUGAAAAAUCACAUUGCGGAACAUCAUACAGAUGAACACAAUGGAUAUCAAUGCGAUGUAUGUGGGAAAAAUUUCAAAACUAAAGGCUCUUUUAUGGAUCAUCAGAAUGUCCACAAAAGUACGAUUGCAUGUGAGGUUUGCGGGAAAAUACUCAAAAAUCAAAAGACCUAUGCUAAGCAUAUGGAUAUUCAUUCAAAUACACUGAACUACGUCUGCCCAGUUUGCGAUAUGCGUUUCGUCCGGAAUAUCGCUAUGAAGAGGCACGUGAAGCGGGCUCAUCCUGAUAAAGUACAUCUCAUACCAGAAAAAGGAACCGUCGUCAACCAGGAAUAUCUGAAUAGAUAUAGAAUUCCACCCAUAGAGCAUUCACAACAUAAGGAUGGAGAUAAUCCAAUUGAGAUGAUUGUUGUCGAUAACACCAGAUGAAUAUGAAAAAAAAAUAUUCUUGAUUAAAAAUUAUGUACAAGCUAUAAA